AUGGUAAGAAUCGUACUUGCUGGUGGCGCCGGAAAUGUUGGACGGGAAGUUUUGGAGGCACUUCUAGCGGAGGGUAAACAUGAGAUCAAGGUAGUUUCCCGAAAAAAUGUUCCUGACUUGACGACCCAAGGAAUCACAGUAGACAUCGUAGAUUAUCUAGACAAGAAAGCACUUGUAGAUGCGCUCGAAGGAGUUGAUACUGUUCUCUCAUUCAUCGUUACCAUCAACGAUCCAGAUAAUCAAGCUCAAAAGACUCUGAUUGAUGCAUGUAUCGAAGCUCGCGUUGGUCGUUUUGCCCCAAGUGAGUGGGCUACAAGAAGUCAUUGCGAAUUCCCUGCAUAUGAGGGGAAAGCUCGAGUAUAUGAUCAUGUCCAAGAGAUAAAUAAGGAGAGAAAGGUCUUGGAAUUUACUUUAUUUCAGUGUGGAGUGUUCUUGAAUUACUUCAGUUACCCGCAUCCCUCCGCAAGAUUCAUGCAAAUCUUUCCAAUGCCGAUAGAUGUUGAGAACUGCAGAGCUAUCAUCCGAAAAGAUACAAAGGCCUAA